AUGAAGAUUGGAGUUGCUUUUGCGCUGUUGUUCGCUUCGGUCCUAGGGCUGAGUUCGCAAGACCCUGACUCUCCAGAGGACUAUACCUGUGAAUGUGACCCUGGUUGGGGCUUACAGUGGUCCGCCAGCGAGAAGUGUCCCCUCAACGUUUGCUGUAGCAAGUUUGGAUUUUGUGGCACGACCGCAGCCUUCUGUGGUGACAAGAAAGUGACGGAACCAUCAUGUUCAGGAACCAGUUCCAACAAGCGAUCUAUUGUGACCCCGGAACAACUCCCUGUCGGCGCAUACAUUCACUUGAACUUUGCGUUUGCAUUCAUAGACCCAAUGAGCGAGGCCGAUGUUGAACUGUAUCCCCGCUUUACUGGACUCAAGGCCGCAAAUCCAGGCCUUCAAACUUGGAUUUCCAUUGGAGGCUGGUCUAUGAACGACCCAGAUCAGCCCACUGCCACAACAUUCUCUGACUUGGCAGGCUCUACUACUGCCCAGUCUGCUUUCUUUAGCUCUUUGCUUUCAUUCAUGCAAACAUAUGGCUUUGACGGGAUUGACAUCGACUGGGAAUACCCCGUUGCACCUGAGAGGUCCGAACCUUCGCUCGGCCUUGGGUGGAAGUGGACACAACUAUGGUCUGACAUUGACUCUUCCUUCGAGUUAUUGAAUUUUGACAUCGUGUCAAUGGCAAGUGUUGUGGACUGGUUCAAUGUCAUGACCUACGAUCUUCACGGCACAUGGGAUUCAACGGAUAAAUUUAUUGGACCUGUUGUCAAUGCCCACACCAAUCUUACGGAGAUCAAUUUGACAAUGGAUUUAUUUUGGAGGAAUAGCAUUGACCCCGACAAAAUAAUUAUGGGACUUGGAUUCUAUGGACGAAGCUUCACCCUGACUGAUCCAAGUUGUACCUCACCAGGAUGUCCGUUCAGGGGCGGUGGUAAUCCCGGGGCAUGCUCAGCCAGUGCAGGAACCCUGAUGUAUUCUGAGAUCCAGGAUCUUAUCGCUGCAGAUGCAACCCCCACACUUGACAGCGUCGCAGGAGUCAAACAAAUUGUCUGGGACACGAAUCAAUGGGUUUCUUUUGGUGACGCAGAGACGCUCAAGAUAAAAACAGACUAUGCAAACGGGAAGUGCCUCGGUGGAACAAUGGUCUGGGCAGUCUCGACCGACGACGCAGCCGGAACAGCAGCACAAGCCUACAUGAAGAACAACGGUCUGUCACUCCUAAGCCUUUUUGGAGGCGGGGCGAGUACCAAACAGGAGGACGUCUUGUCUACCUGCAUCUGGGGUGAGUGUGGAAAAGACUGUCCAGCAAAUUCUAGCCCUGCCCAGCGCAGCGAUGGUAAGGACCGCGGCAACGCGGGAAUCUACACUGGAUGUUUGGGGAGCGAGACCCGUAAUUACUGCUGUCCUCAGGACCAGGAGAUGCCAACAUGCGAGUGGCGUGGAACGGCGCCGUUCUGCAAUGGCAAGUGCCAUGAUGGAGAGGUUCAGGUUUCCUCUGAUACCAGUGCUACUGGGUCAGAAUGCUGGACUGGGCAUAAGGUGUUGUGCUGUAAAUCGACAAAGUCCGAUGCUGGUAUCAGCCAGUGCAAGUGGGAAGGAGCAGCUCCAUUUUGUGGAAAGAAUGGCGGUAUUGGCCAACACUAUGGAUGCGAUGAAUCCGAUCGUUACGAGGAGACAUAUGAUAAUGUCGGUGCAGGCGGCGAAUCGUACUGCUAUUCAGGAUAUAAGUCGUUCUGCUGCACAAGUCCCCCUCCCUUCACUGGAUGUGGAUGGUAA